ACCUUAUGCAAACACAACUGCUUGUAACAGACCAAUUCACGACGCGAGACGAGAAUAUUGUCCUGACAAUAUCUAAAUAAAAUUUAACCAGAUCUGAAAAUAAUUGAAUUAAAAUUAACCGUGUUCCAAGUGAAAUGACUGAUGAUGACGGAAAAGUUGUGAAAACAAGUGACGGUACACCCAAAACAUGUGAAUGCGUAACGGAAAAUAAGUCGAAACAAUGGCUCACAGGAUUAGUUGGCAAGUUAUGUUUUUCAUUGAUAGCCGACAUUACUAUAUUCACAUACGGAAUGCAAACAGGUUGGAUGUCACCAAGCAUACAGGUUCUCCAAGGUCCUAAUAGUCCAUCUGGGUACCCGUUAUCGGAUUAUGAAAUAUCGUGGAUAGCUGGGACAGUGACUAUCGUUGCUGUUUUCUUUUGUUUGGGUUUCAGCGUUGUAUGUGACAGAUAUGGAAGAAGAAUGAGCCUUGUACUUGUGGCUGUUACGCAGGCGAUAGGAUGGAUUAUCAAGCUCAUAUCAGCCAAACCAGUGUACCUGAUAGUGUCACAGGUCUUCGUUGGCAUAGCAUCAGCUGGAGUCUACACCUGUGCUCCUCUAUACAUCAAAGAAAUCAGUUCGGACUCAAUACGAGGAUCAAUGGCUAGUGCUGGAAUAGUGCUGCAAAGUGUUGGCGCCCUCAUCAUGUUUGGGAUAGCACCUCACUUGGAGUACCAUACGGUGUUGUGGCUGGUAACGUGGAUACCUGUAGUCAAUGUGCUCCUGUUGCUGAAAAUACCCGAAACUCCUCCGUAUCUGGUGAAGAGAGGGAAAAUAGAUGAAGCUAGAACAACCAUUGCAUCGUUAGUUGGCCUUGAACCAGAUAGUAAAAGCGUUAACGCGUCAGUGGAAUGCCUUACUAAGGCGCAGGAGUACUUUGAUACUCUACCAAAAAUAUCAUUGAAAAGAGCAUUUGCAGACAAAGCCACAAGACGAGCGUUUUACAUUGGUCUAUUUGUGGUAUCCUUGCUUGACUUUGGAGGCAACUUCGUCAUAUCCAUAUACGCAUCUGUUAUCAUCAAGAACUCUGGAGUCACAGUUAGACCAGAGCUGCAAGCGCUGUCGCUUCCAGCGAUAAUGAUUAUAGGGUCUUUGGUGUCUACCGUCACUGUUGAGAAAUAUGGACGGAAGCCGUUGCUUAUAUCAAGUCUUAUUAUCAACGGGUUACCAAUGACAAUACUCGGCAUACUCCUAAUAUUGCCCACAUAUGGGUUUGAGAUUGCCCAAUGGAUUCCAGUAUUGUGUGUUAUAAUUACCGUGUUUGCUUACGGUGCCGGAGUUUUGCCUAUACCAUACAUAAUACUGAUGGAAAUCUUCAACUUUGAAGUUCGUGCCAUGGUAUUUGGCUUCUACGUUACAUACGGCUGGUUUCUCUGCUUCCUACAGACGAUUAUAUUCACACCAAUUUCUCAAGCCCUUGGAAUGCAUGUCAUAUUUUUUCUGUUCAGUGCAGUCAAUAUUAUAAGCGCCGUCUGUUGUGCGAUCUGGCUGCCUGAGACUAAAGGGAAAAGCUUAGAAAAGAUACAAGAUGAGUUGUGUGCAAGAUAACAAUAGUAUGUUUUAUUGAAUCAUUAAUCUCAAUUAUUAUAAUUUAAAAUUAAGCUGUGAUAUAAUAAUUUUACUGAUACAAAAUAAACGAUUAUUUUUGUGA